CGCAUCUUUCGGAGACAACAAGAGCGAUCAUUGUCCCCCUCCAGAGCCGGGGCAUUGCAGGCAGAGCGGAGGCCGCAGCCAGGAGCGGAGGGAGACACAGAGCCCCCACCCCCCGAGCCUCUCCCCCGGCCAGCCGCAGAGCAGCACUGCGCCCGGCAGAGCGGAGAGGGAGCUGUCCAUAGCGGCGGUGGUGCUGAAAGCUCGUCAUCUAGGGCGGAGGCCGGGGGAGAGCUGGAGGGUCAGCAGCGCACACCCCCCUCCGACCUGACACCUGCAAGAACGGAGCACACCAGGGCGGGCACCCCUGAGCAAUCAGGGGACGGAUCCCCCAAGACCGUGAAGGUGAAAGGGAAAGGCUCCUCCCCUAAGGGGGGCGAUGGGGCGCAGUCCUCGCAGGCGCUGGGGAAGAGCCCCAAAAAACAAAGUGGGGCUUACUGGAAGGAGGGCUGUCUGCAGUCCGAGCUGAUGCAAUUCCAUCUGAAGAAAGGCCUAGCCGCGGCAGGCGCCAACAAAGGCGGCGGGGGGACUGAGGCUGACAAUGGGCAGGCUGGACAGGAGCAGGCCGGAGAUCUGGAGGGCUGGAGGGCCCCCAGCGCUCUCCAGGAGCUCCAGGACGAGGUGGAGAGACUGAAGGAGGAGAACGAGAGCCUGAAGAAUGAAAUCGACGAGAUGAGGACGGAGAUGGACGAGAUGAGGGAUACCUUUUUUGAAGAGGACGCUUGUCAGCUGCAGGAAAUGCGCCACGAGCUGGAAAGGGCCAACAAGAACUGCAGGAUCCUGCAGUACCGCCUUCGGAAGGCCGAGCGCAAGAGGCUCCGCUAUGCCCAGACCGGGGAGAUAGACGGGGAGCUUUUACGCAGCUUGGAACAAGACUUAAAGGUAGCCAAGGAUGUAUCAGUUAGACUUCACCAUGAGUUGGAAAACGUGGAAGAGAAGCGGACUAAAACAGAGGAAGAGAAUGAAAAGCUACGUCAGCAGCUCAUUGAAGUUGAUAUAGCCAAGCAAGCUCUGCAGAAUGAGCUUGAUAAGCUGAAGGAGUUAUCUCUGAAGAGAAGAGGAAGCAAAGAUGUACAAAAAUCAGAAAAGAAGACUCUGCAGACUCCAACAGAGGAGGACAGUGAGGAUUUGAAGUGCCAGCUACAGUUUGUCAAAGAGGAAGCAAUGUUAAUGAGGAAGAAAAUGGCCAAGAUUGAUAAAGACAAAGACAGACUUGAGCAUGAACUGCAGAAGUACAGAUCAUUUUAUGGAGAUCUUGAUAGCCCUUUACCAAAGGGAGAGGCUAGUGGACCCCCUACGACAAGAGAGGCAGAACUGAAACUUCGACUGCGUUUAGUUGAAGAGGAAGCUAAUAUACUCGGAAGGAAGAUAGUAGAGCUAGAAGUAGAAAAUAGAGGCCUGAAGGCAGAGCUGGAUGACCUGAGGGGAGAUGAGUACUCCAGCACAUCUAACUCUCUUCCACGGGAGCAAAGUGAGUCAGUGUCAGAACUGCGGCAGCACUUGCAGUUGGUUGAAGAUGAAGCUGAACUUUUACGACGUAAUCUUAGUGAUACAGAAGAGCAAAACAAACGCCUCACUACAGAGAUGAACAAGUACAAAUUUAAGUCCGGCACUCAUGAAAGUUCUCGGCACAGUGAAAGUGUCAAGACAGAAGCUUUACAGGAGGAGCUGAAAACUGCACGUUUGCAGAUCAAUGAGUUGAGUGGCAAAGUCAUGCAGCUCCAGUAUGAAAAUAGAGUUCUCAUGUCUAACAUGCAGCGCUAUGACCUUGCUUCCCACCUCGGUAUCCGAGGAAGUCCCAGAGAUAGUGAUGCAGAGAGCGAUGCUGGGAAAAAGGAAAGUGAUGAUGAUUCUCGCCCUCCACACAGAAAACGAGAAGGCCCCAUUGGUGGUGAAAGUGACUCAGAGGAGGUGCGCAAUAUCCGAUGUCUUACUCCUACUAGGUCUUUUUAUCCUUCUACUAGUGUCUGGCAGAAGAAUUUUGCUGAGAGGCAGCAGAUGAAAGAUAUUCGGUCUGAGGCUGAACGACUGGGCAAGACAAUUGACCGACUUAUCUCAGACACAAGCACUAUAAUCACUGAAGCCAGAAUAUACGUGGCCAAUGGUGACUUGUUUGGACUAAUGGAUGAGGAAGAUGAAGGCAGCAGAAUACGAGAACAUGAAUUACUUUAUCGGAUCAAUGCACAGAUGAAGGCUUUCAGGAAAGAACUUCAGACAUUCAUUGAUCGGCUAGAGGUCCCAAAGUCGUCUGAAGACAGGAGUGCUGAUGAUCCUCUUUCAGUUAGCCAGAUGUUCCAGCCUAUUAUUUUACUUAUCCUCAUCCUAGUAUUAUUUUCUUCUCUUUCCUACACAACUAUAUUUAAGCUCGUCUUCCUUUUCACCCUCUUUUUUGUCCUGUAA